CCGGAAGCACACUGUGUUUCCAAACGGGAACGUGUGGCACCAGUGGCCGGGCACUAUAACCCCCAACUUGUCAAAUUUAGGACAAUUUAGUGUUAGGAAGUACUGACCCGAAUUACACGAGGUGCUGGUUAAACUCCAGCGGGGUUGUUUAAUCAACAAUGGGAGCUAACAGCAGCACGCGUCGCGUGUCUUUUGAGUCGGAUGAGAAUGAGAACAUAACCAUAGUGAAGGGCAUAAGGCUGUCCGAGAAAGUCAUAAACCGCAUGAAGGAACCUUCUGAACCCUCAAAGACCCAGUCACCUUCCAGAACCCCACCUUCCUCACCCCCCUUGGUUGAUCCUUUGCCAGCCCUGGUGCCAAUAUCCCCUCUAUUUGACCCCCUUCCGCCUCCUGUGCCAGAGUCAGCAAAACUCCCCCCAGCUCCACCUGUGACCAAGACUGUGUCCUCCCCUGCACCACCUACCCCCUUAGCUGAAUCAGCGGGAGCUGUAUUGACCCCUGCAGCUGACCUUGUUGCACCUGUGGCCUCCACUUCUCAAACUUUCCCCCACCCUCCUCCAACUGCAGAAGAACCUGUUGCGUCCCCAGCUGUGGAUGAAUCAGAGCUCCGAAGAAAGAUCACGGAGGAACUGGAGAGAGGUUUGGAGGAGGAGAGGAAAAAUGCACGAGAGGAGCUAACCAAGCGGCUGGAAAAGGAAAGAUCCAAGGCCCAUUCAGUGGCUCAGGCCCAGGUAAAGGAUGAGGUGCGCAGGAUCCUGGCAAUGGAAAAAGCCAGUGCGGAGGACAACGUCAAGAACGCCAUACUGAGAGAGAGAGUCAGCGCGGAGGACGAGAGAUUACGAGCUCAGAUCUAUCAGAUGGAGAGAAAGGCCGGACAAUUGGAGGAGAGAGAAAAGGAACUCAAGAAUCAAGAUGCUUUCUACAGAGAGCAACUGUCUAAGAUGAAGGAAAGGAGUGCCCAGUUCUACAAGGUGACCAAUGAGAACUAUAACAAAGCAGCCGAUGAGGUCAACGCCAAGUUCAAGCGAUAUGAAAUUAGUCCGGUGUGCAGCGACCUUCAGGGUGAGAUUUUGAAGUGCUACAGGGAAAACGCUGGAAAGACUUUGCAGUGUUCCAACAUAGCCUCACUUUACCUGCAGUGUGUCAACAAUGCUAGACAGGAGAAGUUAAGGACUGGAGGUUAAGUUUUCCGAGCAGGAAGCGAGGGAGACCUGUGUGUAUCCGUGAUCUCACCGUUUCUCGACUGUUGCCAAGGAAAGACACCAUCCUGAGACGCACUUGAUUCACAAGAGCAGUACAAUGAGACACACCCUAAGACCUUUCUCUUUUCCACUACCCUUUCCCUCCACUUUUACCUUCCCUCCUGCUGUUUCUCCUUUCUCCAGAAAAGGAGAAAAUGGGCACAAAUGGACAGAACAGAAUGGGCACCGUGCAGUCCAGCCAAAUAAGCAUUGGGGAUUUUAGGUGGAACCGAAUGUUCUAGACACUGAACCAAAAAGCAACAUCUCAUCACGGUUUAACUAGGCUGAUACACAAUGCGAGAAACUGUAAAAGUGGGUCACUCUAGCCCGAUCUUGACCCAACCACAACCAUCUCAGAACUCCAAGCCAGUGGGUUUGAAAUCAAAGUUGGGUCUAGAUUUGGUCAGUUUGCCUUUGAACACCGACGUAUUCUCACUCACCAUUUUUGCCUCUACCCUGGUAGCCAAUCACAAUUCUCCACCACACUCCUCAUUGCACUUGACACAUCUUCAAGCUGUUCAUUGUGUUUUUGUGCGUAACGUUCAUAAUCCACUUGAUUUGUUUUGUGUUGUCGUUCACACGAGGCGUUCGGUCCGAGCCUCUGAUCUGCUUUGAAGAAUUAAACUAUGAAACCCUGAA